AACAGAUAUAUCAGUUCUGAGUGAAUCGUCCUCGAGAGCAGGCGGGUUUUCCAAUAACUACCCUCGUCGGAUAUCCGUGAUUUUUACAGUGAAAAGGACAUUUUAAGCAUCAAGUGUUUUCCUUAGAAGUGUUUUGUUUACAAGGAUGUUCUCAGUUAGGGUUUCGGUGAUACUUAGGUGUGGUUAACGUGUUAAUUGUUUUUGUGGUGGCAACUUUGCAUGUGGUCAGUUUUGAAGGAAACUAUUCUGCAUUAAAUUGUUUCCGAAGCCAUGCAUCCAGGGGUUCUGAAUAAUUUGGAUCUUUAAAGCCAGGAAAGCCGCAUCGAUGUCCUAAAGUCCCCUCAAGAUUUAAUGGGAGCAGGCACCCCAGGACACCUCCACUACAAAAGCAAACCAUGAAACCACCAACGUGACUUCCAUCCAGGUUAAUUUGCAAGUGUGAGUGGAGGCCAGACAAUGUCCUCGAGUUGGCUAAUAAACCUAAUUACCGUUUUAUAUUGGAGCUCAUUAACUAGUGGAACCGGAGCACGUUGUGAGUUCGAGGGUGUCCAGGAGCUAAUUAAAACGAGUCCUGUAAUUUUGAAAGCUUUAGGGGCUAAAAUUUUCGCUGACAUCGAUAUCCGGCCAUCCGAACAGAAAAUUGAAGAGAAUGGAGUCAAUAGUGCUAAUAAUACGACAACAAUACUAUCGUCCUUGCUGUCGCAAACGACAUCGACGUUAAUCACAUUAACACCCACCACAAUCUACAAAGGAGCCUCUUUAUUGAAGGUUGUACCGACAGUGGAUGGGGGCGAGUACUAUCACUAUGACGGGCAAAUAAAUGCAACACUGGACCCGUUGCUGCUCUGCUCCGAGGCGAAGGAUAACAACAUUCUGAAUGUAUUGCCCGCAGAAUUAAUUGUCUUCGGAAAAUUGGAUGGCGACCAAAGUGAUAUAUUGAGGAUCAGCGCAAAUGGCCUACAUAAAUGGACCCCAUUAUUCGAGAAUCAUAUUUGGAAGUAUUUAGGUUGGGAUGAUUGGAGUGACUUCACGGCGUGCAGCGUUAUGUGCGGCAAAGGUGUUCAGCAACGUUUCCGGCGCUGUUUGCUUGACAACCACAAUGCCGACACCAGCGAGAUGGAAUCACGAGUAGAGUACUACCACCCGUCGCCAUCGACCCUCAGAAUAAAUGGUGCAGACCAAAAUAAUAAACACAAUCCUAAAAAGUAUGGGGUUGGGAGCCGAUUGAAAAAGCGACGGAAGAAAAAGGGCAAGGUAUUGUCAACCCAGUCGUGUGAGGGGUACAAUAUCGAGCAAAGGAACUGUAAUGUGUUCGAAUGUAGUGAUGAUAUAAUGGAUCUUUUGAAAUUCUAUAAAAAACCAUCGAGUGAUGACGGUACGUCAUCACAGAUGAAAUCUACUAUGACCACACAACAAAGUCCUUUGAACUCCACUGUUUUUGCAGCCUCCCAAGCAACCUCAACUGAAACAAUUUUCCGAAGUUGGGAGAGUUUCUUAAAUUUUACAAUAAUGAUAACGUUAAGAGGAAAGAUAAAGUCACAAGCGACAAUAUUUUCUCUGCGUAAUGCAACCCACAAUUUGUACUUAGAACAAAGCCCGGAAGGUUUGAAACUAUUCCAAGAGCGGAACGACGUCACCGAAAUGCUUCCGAUUAAGUUAGAUUUAUACGAUAAUCGCUGGCAUCAGAUAGCCAUAAGUGUGCACAAUGGAGAUUUCAUCACAAUUUAUGUGGACUGUUUGUGGACGGAUAGUUUCAUUGUUUCAAAAGGACUCUUCGCUUUGCCAGAUGCGGCUGAUGUCGUGGUUGGAGGACGCAGCUUUUGUGGCGACCUUCAGCAGCUCUUGAUCAUCCCCGGCAACCACGAAAAGUCGCAGUGCUCCAGCUUGAGGACUUCUAUCAACGAAGUUAAAAGAUACAUAAUAGAUACUUUUAUCGAGGACGACAUUAAUUGACUGGAGUGCUUCCGCAUCAACAUCCUUCCUACGUUCAAGGGACUAUACUCGUGUAGUAUGAAUAUUAAAUAAUUGGCUCGCAAGGGAGGUCGAAAUCGGAGCGUUUAUUAAGUUAAUGUCAAACGAUAAAAAACCGAUCAUCUCAUAAUACGUACUACAAUAUCUUCUUUAUCACAGUCUUGUGUAUUGAAAAAAGGACAACCAAUACAAUAAUUGAAAUGGCCUAGAGGGAUUUGUUAACUAAAACAAUUUUAUGAGUGCGAGAAUCGCAAUCACCAACGACAAGAACAAGAUGCAUCUAAAACAAUAACAGAAAACUAACUUAGCGGUUGUAGAUGAAUAUUUAAAUAUAGCAGGGAAACUAGAACAAAAGUUCAGUUGAGGGGUAGAAAAAAAAUUGUAAUUUUUCUAAACGGAGACUAUUUAAAGGGUAUACAGCCACUAGAGACAAAUAUAGUAACAAUAAUGCCAACAAUAAAUCGCCAUAUUAUAAGGAACGUGAAUGUUAGUAAGAUUUAGAUUUUUAAAUAAAAAAUGAAAUCAAACGUAAUUUAAGUGUGAUGUAUUUAAAUGCAGAUAUUGUUGUUGUUGUUAUGUCUAUAGCUUUUGGCAUAAUAAUAAAAUCAAAUACUUUUUU